UCAAUGCAGACGGUGUGACGUCAGCCAGAGUCGGUCAGCUGGCUCCUCCAUCUGAACAGCAGGGAGAGCCUCUCCCAUAGGGAGACAUCACCAUCAACGCCCGAGCCUGGCCAGCAGCGUCGGCCGCCCGCUGGAAGGGGGAACAAAACAUGGAGGAAACGAUGUCAUAGUGGCGGAUCAGGCAUCGGCGGGGAUCGGGAGCGUUAGAUUAUUUAUUUACCUAUUUAUUAAUUUAUUUAUUUCCCCUGCCAGCAAUGGCCGGGGUCCAUGGCUGCGGCUGCUGAGAGGCAGGUGCAAUAUCAUCGACGAAGGCAUUUCGUUCCUCGGCAUGGGCUCAACGAGGGCCGAUCCACAGGCUGGCCCGCUCCACACCCACUGCUCCCCGGAUCAGAUGCUCUCUGCGGGAGGAGAGCAGUAGCUGGGCCGCGAUACAACGGGCUGGUGGUGGAGGAGGAGGGGGCCCUCUUUACAUCAAAAUAUAAGAGCCAGAAAUUUCAAGGUUAUGCGCCGCUACACACAGCAACAGUUCAGUGUCGUUCAGUGAAUCUGUGCUGUUGCAACAUGGCAUAAGUGUUUUCUUUAUUGGAAGAAAGACUGUGAUUGAAUGUCCCCCUUUUUCUGCGCUGAGUGGAUCCAAACCUUGUGACAGUCUCGCCUUACAGGCCCGAAAAACUGUUUGAGCGCAGCCUCAUCAUCUGGACAACAGAAGCCGGUUCCAGCUGCCAAGAUGAUGGAGCUGCAGAUAGACGAGGUGGUUUACCAGGACGACUACGGCUCCGGCUCCGUCAUGUCGGAGCGGGUGUCCGGUUUGGCCAACAGCAUCUACCGGGAGUUCGAGCGGCUGAUCCGCAGCUAUGACGAGGAGGUGGUGAAGGAGCUGAUGCCGCUGGUGGUGAACGUCUUGGAGAACCUGGACGCGGUGCUGACGGAGAACCAGGAGCACGAAGUGGAGCUGGAGCUGCUGAAGGAGGACAACGAGCAGCUCAUCACCCAGUACGAAAGGGAGAAAGCGCUUCGCAAGCAGGCGGAGGAGAAAUUCAUUGAAUUUGAGGAUGCGUUGGAAGCUGAGAAGAAGGACCUGCAGAUACAGGUGGAGUUUCUGGAGCUGCAGGCGAAACAGCAGGAACUCAAGACAAAGAACUAUUCUGACCAGAUCACUCGGUUGGAAGAACGAGAAUCAGACAUGAAGAAAGAGUACAAUGCUCUGCACCAGCGCCACACCGAGAUGAUCCAGACAUACGUUGAGCACAUAGAGCGGUCCAAAAUGCAGCAGGCGGGCAGCAACAGCCAAUCAGAAGGCCCCGGCUGUGGACGAACCAAAGCGGAGCGCCCGCCUUCAUUGAGCCUGUACCCCAGCGGCGAGGGCAUGGUACGUGGGGGUCUCGGGGGGGCUAGGAUGAUGCCCGGGAAAGACAUCUGGCAGGUCAGCGAGCUCGGCCAGUCCACCUUCUGCUCUGCCUAUCAGGAGGAUGGGUCAGAGUCAGACUCAGUGGCGGCCACACCCAGCAGCACAGGGAGCAAGUCCAACACACCCACCUCCUCCGUCCCCUCCGCCACUGUCACACCCAUCAACGAGGGCUUCCUCCCACAAUCCGAGUUUGAUGGGAUGUGGGCUGGGAACCGCAGGAAAAGUGCCAAGCGGCUCAGCCGGAAUAUGGAGGUGCAGGUUUCCCAGGAAACCAGGAAUGUCAGCAUUGGUAUGGGAAGCAGUGAUGAGUGGUCCGAGUUUCAGGAGAUCAUAGAUUCAACCCCUGACCUGGACAUGUGUGUGGACCCCCGUGUGUACGGAGGGGGAAAUAGUCCCUCCCAAGGCAUUGUGAACGAGGCCUUCGGCAUCAACACCGACUCACUCUACCACGAGAUCAAAGACGCCAAGUCGGACAUCAUCGGAGAUGUAGAUGCAGGCGCAGAGCUGCUAGGCGAGUUCUCAGUCCGUGAUGAUUUCUUCGGGAUGGGUAAGGAGGUGGAGAACCUGCUGACAGAGAACAAACAGCUCCUAGAGACCAAAAAUGCUCUCAACAUAGUGAAAAAUGACCUUAUUGCCAAAGUGGACGAGCUGUCGGGGGAGCAGGAGGUACUGAGGGAGGAGCUGGAGACUGUGAGGCAGUCCAAGAACAAGGUGGAUGCCCGAGUCAAGGAGCUGGAGGAAGAACUCAAGAGGUUAAGAGCAGAGGCUCUUGGUGCAUCUCGGGACUCCAAGGAUGAAGGAGGUGAUGAUUUUUCAUCACCCAUGCAGGACGGCGACAUGACGAUGACGCAGCGGCGGCGGUUCACCCGGGUAGAGAUGGCCCGCGUGCUGAUGGAGAGGAAUCAGUACAAGGAGAGACUGAUGGAGCUGCAGGAGGCCGUACGGUGGACAGAAAUGAUCAGGGCAUCUCGGGAGAGUCCUCAAAUCCAAGAGAAAAAGAAGUCCACCAUCUGGCAGUUCUUUGCACGUCUCUUCAGCUCAUCAUCCAGUCCUCCCCCUGUCAAGCGGCCGUACUACAGCGUCAACAUCCACUACAAGUCACCCUCGCCGGCUGGUUUCUCUCAGCGACGCAGCCACACCAUGUGUCAGAUCUCCACCUCCAACCGCACGCUGGAGUUCUUCCCUGAAGAUGACUCGGCACUGUUGGCCCGCCGAGAGCAGCGGCGUGAACAGUACCGGCAGGUCCGCGAGCACAUGCGCCGCGAUGAUGGCAUCAUGCAGGCCUGUGGCUGGAGUGUGCCAUCUCGCUUCAAACAGACUGGUGGUCAGACGGACAGCGCUCAGGACAGCCCACUGAAGAGACAACAGACCACUAACGAGAAGGAGGACAACCGCAUGAAGAACGUGCCCGUCCCAGUGUACUGUCGUCCUCUGGUAGAGAAGGACCCCAACAGGAAGUUGUGGUGUGCAGCUGGGGUGGACCUGACAGGAUGGAAGGCUAGCAGCCUGGAGUCGGUACCAACCAAAGCACCGCCAGGCAGCAGCGACCCCCUGCACGCUGAGGAGAAUGGAGCUGGGAAGAAGAGCAGCCACAACUCCCCAGAGAAGAGGAAGUCGAAGGAGCUCCAAGAAACGGACACCAUGAGCAGUCGAGUGUGGAUCCUCACCAGCACCCACUCUGCCAGCAAGGUGGUCAUCAUCGACGCCAACCAGCCGGGCUCACUGGUUGACCAGUUCAAUGUCUGCAAUGCCCACGUACUCUGCAUCUCCAGUGUGCCAGCUGCCAGUGAGAGCGACUAUCCAGCUGGAGAGAUCGUGUUAGAUCCUGGUGAUGGUGGAGCAGGGGGCGGGGGCGAGGACACUGGCAGCGUGGAGGGCAUGCUGGCUGGUAUCACUCUUGUCGGUUGUGCCACCAACUGCAGCGUUGCCCGUAGCAACUGCUCCUCACGCACUGACACGCCCAUAAUGGACAAAGGACAAGCCCCCACAGCUCCACCCAUGAAUGGGAAGAUUCACCCUGCCCAGUCAGCCGAGGAGGCCACAGAGGCCACUGAGGUUACUGAGUCAACAGCCAGCCAGGCAGGGCUGAGAUCUGGACCUCCAGGACCGUUUACUGAGCACGUCUUCACCGACCCUCAGCCUCGUCCAGCAGACGCCUCUGACAGGAGCACAGGUCAAUCCAAAGAGGAAACUUCUCAGCCUCCAGAGUCAGAGGAUGGAGGUGAAGAGAGCAAGAACUACACCAGCGUGGCUCCCACUAUGUGGCUCGGGGCCCAGAACGGCUGGCUCUACGUCCACUCUGCAGUUGGAAACUGGAAGAAGUGCCUCCACUCCAUCAAACUCAAAGACUCUGUGCUCAGUCUGGUACAUGUGAAAGGUCGUGUGCUAGUUGCCCUCGCUGAUGGGACCCUCGCCAUAUUCCAUAGAUCAGAAGAUGGCCAGUGGGAUUUGUCAAACUACCAUCUAAUGGACCUUGGUCGACCUCAUCACUCCAUCCGCUGCAUGGCUGUGGUCCAUGACAAGGUUUGGUGCGGCUACAAGAACAAGAUCCACGUCAUCCAGCCCAAGAGCAUGCAGAUCGAGAAGUCCUUCGACGCCCAUCCUCGCAGGGAGAGUCAGGUGCGGCAGCUAGCAUGGAUCGGUGAUGGUGUCUGGGUGUCGAUCCGGCUCGACUCGACCUUGCGUCUCUACCAUGCACACACACACCAGCACCUCCAGGAUGUUGAUAUUGAGCCGUAUGUCAGCAAGAUGCUGGGUACUGGCAAGCUGGGCUUCUCUUUUGUGCGAAUCACAGCACUUCUGAUUGGUGGAAAUCGUCUCUGGGUAGGAACUGGAAACGGCGUGAUCAUCUCCAUCCCUUUAACAGAGACGGUGGUCCUUCACCGGGGACAACUCCUUGGUUUGAGGGCCAAUAAGGUGUCUCCUACAUCGUCUGGCGGAGUGAUCCAUGUGUACGGUGAUGACGGCUCUGAGAAGAGCACUGGCAGCUUCAUCCCCUACUGCUCCAUGGCACAAGCCCAGCUCUGUUUCCAUGGACACCGCGAUGCUGUCAAGUUCUUCGUCUCUGUACCCGGUGAGCCUUCAGGAGAUGGAGAGGAUGAUGAGACAGAGGAAGGAAACAACGGUGGAACUUCGCAGAUAAAACCUGCUUUGUGUAAAGCAGAGCGGAGCCACAUCAUCGUCUGGCAGGUGUCUUACAUACCUGAGUGACACCUGAAUAUGCUUUAACACCCACACCCAAUCAUCUCCUUAAAGAAAUCUCCUCCUGCCCCCCGAAAGCUUCCAGCCACCCAAACCUUGUAAUUAUCCCCGGUCAUGUAAAAGUUCCCCCUUGGCUCUAAAACGACCCUCCAAGCCGUGCAUCGUCCCCCUGUAACUAUUAUAUCCCCUCCUGCCCCGUCACCUUGUAACUUAAAUGCCUUGUAAGUACUUCCUCUGAUCUAGUAAUCUGCCUGCCAUCCUGUUUCUGUCCCACCCAGGGCAUUGUAACUAUCUUCAUGAGCCUUGUAACCCAGCCUCAUAACUACCUCCCUCCUCUGUAUCGAUCUUAUAUUCACCCUGUAAGCACACUGUAUCUCCUUCUAUAUUUACCUCAAUUGUCCUGCAUCUGCCCCAGAGUUACUCCUCCUCCUCUCCCUCCACUUAGUUUGUCAUCUGUGAAGCCUCCACCUCAUCUUAAAGCAAAGCCCCAACUUGCAUAAAAAAACCAACAAGAAUGGCAGGUAAAGAAAUGUGAAUGACAUCACUGACUUGCAUUUCCACCAGAAAUAUUUCUGAUUUUCCCAAUGGCCAAUCAGCGUUCCAUAACCAUUGUACGCCAUAUGUUUAAACAGAGUUAACGGAUGCAGGUGUUUACAGAUCGACGCCGUCUUUGACAGUGUGUGUGAGUGAAAUCCAAUGAGAGCAUACAGAAGUGUUGUUUUGGCUUUAAGAUUGUAGUUGUUGGGAAACGAGUUUGGGUCACAAAGUCGUCAGGUCAAAUUCAGCACAGACGUCUGGGCCUUUUUGGCCAUUACCUUCAAUAUUUCGCAUCCAAUCCUGACGUUGGCUCAUUGUCCACCCUGAUUUUAAGUAAAAACCCCGAUGAGGAAAUGACUGUGUGUAACACACCCCAAAAUCAUAAAUAUCUGGUGCAGCUGCCUGGUGUAAAUCAAAGAGUCAUGUUGGAGUCGUGUGAACAGUCAGAGGGGUUUUGCUCACUGUGUCAAAGGUUCAGUCCGAGACUAAUUUCUCUCAUCUGACUGGCUGUUGAUCAGACGGUUCGUUGUGAAGCAGGUGAACAGUGAUGUGUUGUCAUUAUGUGUACAGGGAUUAUUGUAAAUCUCCAGACACACUGAAGCCCAUCCUCUUUGUUCAGUAUGGAAAUUCAUGCAUUGAUCUCUAUCUGUGUGGAUUAUAUUAAACAUAUUUGUGUGCUGAAAAACGUA